CGCCGAUGGCCUCAGAUUUUCACGCAUGAAAAGAAGUGAUUUUACGUUUCACGGGACUGUGAGCCGAUGCGAAGUUUCGGGGCGAUACGGAAAAAAACGAGGACCUUAUAUGAAGGCGGAGCCGGCGAGGCUGCCGGACUUUGAGAUGUGUCCUCCGCGGGCUCAGCUGUGCCUCCUCAGCGAGUCUCUCCGGCGGACAACACAUCCGUGACCGCUGAUCUAGAUGGACGACCCCGACUGAUCACUGGAGUUAUAGUUUCUCUGAGACAUAACUGUUAACUUGGCAACAAUGUCUGUCUCCACGGUAUUGGCAAAGGCGCUGUUCGACAACACGGCUGAGAGCCCGGAGGAGCUGGCUUUCCGGAAGGGCGACAUCCUGAUGGUUCUUGAACAGGAGCAGAGCGGCGGGCCGGGCUGGUGGCUCUGCUCCCUGCAUGGCAGACAGGGCAUUGCCCCUGCGAACCGCCUUCGACUCCUCCAAACUGCCCCACCUCCAGGCUCAGACCCCCGUCGUGGCGCCGCUGAGGACUCCGUCUACCUGUCACCAGUCCCUCCACUUGCCCGGACUGCAGUCAGCAGCAGUGCAGAGGACAUAGACGGAGUGUAUCGCUCCCCGCCAAGCGCGGGUGAAGGACGAGGAGCUGGCUCGAGGCCGGGGGAGCUCCGCAGAGUCGAGGGUGGGCGCCCGCGUUCGCACUCUAGCUCUGGCACUCGGCCCAGACCUGACUGGGAUUUAGGGGUGGCGGGGCGUCCGCGGUCACCUUCUUUGAGGGGGCGAGGCACAGAAAUGACAGGACAACUUUAUCAGAGUCCAGUAAGUCCCAUGCCUUCAGCAGCUCAGCAUGCCAGACAACCUGGAGCUCUCAUGGCUUCGGAGUCCGUGUAUCUCGCCCCCACUGGAGUCCCACGGGCAGCCGAUGAACCAGAGGACACUACAUAUCUUGUUCCAAGAGAGACACUAACAUCAGGACACUCUGACGACUGUUACUUGGUGCCCAAAGGUACACCGCUUGCAGGUGACGAUGUUUACCAGUCCCCAACAGGAGGAAUUGUGGGCACUGUCUGCUCUAAUGGCUCACCCGUUACCCCUCAGCCGAAAGUGAGCGAGGCAACACCCGGGAUGUACCAAACACCCACCCCUGUGGGAUCAAGCCUUCACAGGACUUCAGCUACAGUUUUGGCCCACCAGCACCCAUCUCAGAUAUCCCCUGUCCAAGCGUCUCCCAGACCUCUUCUCAAGGGAGUUUCACCCAACGUUGCCGUUGCACGGGGCAAACCCGGCCUGGCCUGUCACCGUGGGUCUCCUUUGCUAGUCAGAGCAGGGCAGGUCAGGGUUCCCGGGUCACCGAAUUUUGCCCGUAAACCUCCUCCACCAGCACCUCCAGUGAGGGGAGUCACCAGGAAAGAUGCAGCACCGUCAUCCGCUGAUUCUAACUCUGUCCCCAAACCCACCGCUCAGGGCGCUAACGCAAGCCUGCAGCAAGAGGAGGACAAACAGAAGGGGGUCACUCAGAGUAAUGAGGAAAGGAUGAAUAAUGGCCUAGAAAAAAGCAACAAUGUGCAGAACAAAAAGGGAGAAAAUCAGGAUUACUCGGAUGCUAUUGAGGACCAGGUGUAUGAUACUCCUCCCAGUGGCAGGUGGCAGCGUCCAGUCCCUUCUUCGCUUGGUGAUGACGAUGACGGCAUCUAUGACACCCCUCGCAGUCUCCCACCUCAAGCUGAUUCUGAGACAGAGGUCUAUGAUGUCCCCACCAUCAAUCUCAGCAUGUCCACAUCAGACGUCCAGCCUGAUGAAGUUGAUGAUGAUGUAUACAGCGUCCCCACACUUCCAGGUGUGCCUCUGGCUCCGGGAGAGUCCACCAUCGGCCUCUCUGGCGAGGAUGCCGGCAAGAUUGGACAGGUCUACCUUGUCCCCGGACCUGAGAAACGAGCCAGCGGCGGCAGUCAUAACCGUGACUCCUCUGAGCCUGACUGUGGCAUCUAUGACAUGCCUGCUUUGACUGCCGAGGUCCUCCCUCACUCUUUGUCCUCCUCCUCCACCUCCACUCGCCGCCUCUCUGUUUCCAGUAACGGCUCAGGUGACGUGCAGUGGAGAGCCUCACUUUCCAGCCUCGUCCACUCUGUGCUGAGCACGGCGUCCUGCCCGGCCUCCACCCUGUCGUCACGGGAACUGGCGACCUCGUUGGCUGAAAUCCUGUCGACCUGGAAAGCCAGUCAUUCAGAUGAUCCUCCGCCGCCUCUUCAGCAGGCAUGGGCUCGGCUAUCAGACCUUCUGCCAGCGUUAUCCGCCAUUGGCAACGCUCCGCCAUCUGAAGGGCUGUUGACGCUGGUCCAGCGCUCCCUAGAGGAAAGCGCCCUCCUCCUGCAGGCUCAGGGCCGACCACGUUUGCCUUCCCAAGAUUCCCUGUCCCGCAGGCCAUUGCCUGCGCUCCCAGUGCCUGAUGGGAAGUCAUCAGGAGGCGGGAUGGGCUCUCGUAAAGGUAGCUGGAUCCAGGAGAGGCCCCUGCCCCCGACCCCUCAGCCUGCGUUCCCGUUACCGCCCACUCUGUCCACUGUGACUCUGACAGUGGGCCCUGUCGAUGGAGAGGAUGACCCCAGCAAUGAGUACGCGGGGAUCGGCUUGACUCCCAUCCCUGCGCCCGUCCCAACGGGAGACAGCGUUGGAUACGUCAAGCUGCAGGGUAAACCUGAUCCACUUCCUGAUGUCCUGGCUGAGAACGGACACACACUAACCAUCACUGCAGAACCCACGCUGACCCCAUCUCCUCCACUUCCUGUGUCCCUCUCCCUGGAGGACUCGGAGCUGUUGUCCUUUUACUCGUCUCAGAGCCUUGCUCACCUCUCCUGCCUGGCAGACGCCAUCGACGUGCUCUUCAGCAGCGUUCAGGGUAACCAACCGCCACGCAUCUUCGUCGCCAGAGGAAAGAGUCUCAUUGUGACGGCACACAAACUGGUGUUCAUUGGGGACACGCUCUCCCGCCUUCUUACUUCUGCUGACCUUCGCGCCAAGAUCACAACCUCAGGGGGACGACUCUGCCAGGCCUUAAAGUCGGUUGUCGUGGCAACAAAGGGUGCUGCCCAGAACUACCCGUCGGUAUCCGCCACCCAGGAGAUGGUGGACCGCGUCGCGGAGCUCUCCCAGCAGGCGGCCGGCUUCUCCACUCUGCUCCAGCGCCUGGCGGAAAUAUCUUCAUGAUACUUCGCAUCACUUCCAUAAAAACUUUGUUUACACUACACCUGUAUUUUCUCUCUUUGAAAUGCCUUAUUUGUUGUUAGACUCUUUCGUCACCUUUCGUUUGAGCGGGAUUGAAGUGAGCCGAGUUGAAGUGUUUGUCCUCGCUGCAGCUGGGUUUGACUGUGCUGGUUCUGUCCUCUCAGUGUGUGUUGGUUUGCCUUUUGUUUAUAUACUGACCUCCGUGCUUUGAUGCCAGGCACACUUGUCUUUUUGAGUGUUAACUUAUUGAAUAUUUGAAGCCUCUCGGCGGCUUUGAGUGUCCGUGCGGACUGUUUAUCUUGGGAGCUUUGCUUUGUUGUGUUUGCCAUAUUUUCUUUCCCUCACAUGAUAGCCAUUUUCCUUCCCUUCUCUAUUUAUUUAGCCAUCCCCCUGUUCCAAAAAUAGCACAGAAGGAGGCCUUACAUCCUGGUUCUGGCCUACUUUUUACUGUUAACCUGAAAGGCCUUUUGUGAUUAUCAUUCUGAAGCUGCUGAGGCAGCAUAUUGAGCGUUUUUGGGCUUAAUAUGGAAGAAAGGGAAAAGGAUGCAGAGUAGGAAAUUUGCCUGACUUCCAUUCUUGAUCUGGACAAGUACGUGUUGUGUUUUUGUCGUACUCAUUUCCACUAGAAAGCAAAGAUUAACUGCAGUACGUCUCUCAGCACACGCUCAGUCUACGUUCAUGCAGUAAAAUCCUGUCUGACAGAGAAGGAAGAUAUUUGAGCGACUGAGAGUGAUUAAUGAUAGACGGGUGAGAAAUUGCCUAAUCCUGUUCUCUCCCACAGUCGCGGGAUAGCCUGGCAAUGGAUACGAAACCUGUUGGCCCAGCUCGCCUGUCUGCACACGCCUUGUUGUGAUCUGCAUGCUUAACUUCCUUUGACUUUCUGUGCUUUUCAUGUUCAUUUCCCACAAGAUGCUCGCCCCUGUCAACAGUGCUUACUCACAUCUGCUUUGAUAAUUUACAGUCAGGUAGACACUAAGGCUGGGUGUGAUACAUGUGUUAUUUAUUAUGAGCAGUGAAACGCAGUUCAUGCAACUGAAUAUUAAGUUUUCGUUAUUUUUCACGAGUUUACACUAACAAUAUCAAAAUGUGUAUUUUAAGGGGAAAGUUUGAUUUUUUUUUUAAAGUGGAGUUGUAUGAGAUUCUUAUCCACAGUCAGUAUAUUACAUACUGUCAGCACACUCCUACUUUGAAGAAGCAGGCUGGAGUACGGCCCACAAGCCACUGCUUUGGGGUCAGCAACAAAACAUAUUUAGUCAUUUAAAAAAACUUUCAUCUAAAAAAAUCAAUAGAAUUUUAAGUGUAUGUUAUAUUUAAAAGGCUUUUAUUGCUUUACUUUGUCAUUAGAUUGGGAAAUAAAGCCGUUGCAUGGCUUUCUUCAAAGCCAGAUGCCAUUGAGAAAAUCAGUGAUUUAACAUCGCUGAACACAGGCGCUGCUGGUCUACC